UAGCCCAUCUCCCCAACCAAAUUCUUCUUUUCAAUUUUUCAAAGUUUUGUAAAUCUUACUUUCUUUUCUGCCCACGUCCACACAUCAAACAAUAUAAUGGCCUGAUCAAUCAAUAUUAAAAAAUUUCAUGUUUUUGAAAAAUAAAAUUUUAGAAAAACAAAUAAUAAAAGGGUGAGAAAUGAGUCUAAAUUGUUGUCAUGCUCUUCAAAGAACAGAUUCUGAUGUUGACAUAAGCAAAAGAUGUAUUCAUGAAAAUGAGAAACCAAAUACACCUAAAAACAUUCCAAGCCUAUUUCGUCGUAAAUUUUUGGCUGAAAGGAGUUGGUCAGGAAACCUAAUACCGGGGAAGGGGACGGGGACGAGGACGGGGACGGGGACCCACGUUGCGAGUCCGAAAAAUAUGAAGGUUCAUAAUCUGCGUAGGUACGACAGCAUGGACACAGCCUCGUACCAAUUACAUGAUAAUGACAAUGCACCGAGGCUGGUUAGGAGUGGUGGAAUUAGAAGAGAUUGGAGCUUUGAGAAUUUACGUGCUCAAAGGGAAGCUGCCAACAGAUUAAACCAAAGAAGAUAAACAUAAUUUAAGACUUUGCGUGCUCAACAAGUUAUUUCAUUUUUAACCUUAAAAUUGUUGGAGCUUGUUAUUUGGUUGUGGGGUAUAUAUUUACCUAUUUGGUGGGUGGAAAUGUAGGAGGGAAAGACAUAAAAAAAUAAAAAAUAAAAACUAAAAAAUAAAAAAUAAAAAAAAAUAAAAAAAACAUUGUGUGUUCUGUUUGUGUCCCUUUUUAUAAUCUAUCUGAAUUUAUAUCUGCAUCUAUUCUUUAAAUAUUUUUUGUUUCUUGAGUUGA